CCGAGUUAGAAGUUCUGUCGUUUUAUUUGUGAUAUUCGUUAGAAGUUUAUUGUAAAAUAGUAGAAGCAAUAAACAUGAAGAGUUUGCUACUACUCGUAGCAGUUUUUGCUGCUGCAGCACACGCCUUACCCACGGCGGAACCAACUACGACUGCAGUUCCUUGCACACCUGGAGAAACCAAACAAGAGGAUUGCAAUGAAUGCAUCUGCAAAGCUGAUGGUACAGGAUAUCAAUGUACUGAAAGAGAAUGCAAACAUGACCCAGAAUCGAAAGCGGACGAUCAUGGAAAAAUUUGCGAACCAGGAUCAACGAAGAAAGAAGACUGCAAUACAUGCACAUGUACUCCUGAUGGUAAAAACUAUAUGUGCACAUUGAUGAUGUGUGGACAUCAUCAUGAAAAGAGAGAAACUGAAAGUGUUCCCGACAAAUGCAAACCCGGUACAUCCAAAGUCAUUGAUUGCAACAUAUGCAAUUGUGCAGCGGUUGGUGUGUGGGCUUGCACUUUAAAGAGUUGCGAUGGUGGAGAUGAUUCUGCAAUUUUACGUUCUCGUCGAGCAGUUGAAGAAGUCAAAGAAGUCACCAUUCAAUCACUUGCAACUACGCCAUGUACUCCUGGCCAAGAAACAAGAUUGGAUUGUAAUACUUGCAAAUGCGCCAGUGAUGGAACAGGUUACUUUUGCACCCGCCAAGCAUGUGCUCCAGUUCACCAUCAUAAACGAUCAGCUGAAGAAGUGAAAGAAGUGACUACAACUUCUUUGGCAACGACUCCAUGCACUCCUGGAGAGAAGACUCAAAUUGAUUGUAAUACUUGCACCUGUGCCAGGGAUGGCUCUGGAUACGCCUGCACUCGCAAAAUGUGUUUGCCAGCCACCCACGAUCGUCGACGUAGAGAAGCUGAAACUGAAGAAGUCAAAGAAGUCACAACUGAUACUUUGGCAACCACUCCAUGCAAAGCAGGAGAGCAAAGACAAGUGGACUGCAAUACCUGCACCUGUGCCGCGGAUGGAACUGGAUAUCAAUGCACCCGCCAAGCUUGUGAGUUUGCAGUACAUGAUCGUAAACGUAGAGAAGUUAAAGAAGAAGAUAUCAAGGAAGCCACAGCAGAAACACUAGCAACUACCCCUUGUACUCCAGGUGAAAAGGCUCAAGUAGAUUGCAAUAUAUGCACUUGCUCUGCUAAUGGUACUGGAUUCGCUUGCACUCGCAAAAGUUGUCCCGUGUCGACAACGACAGCCCACAGCCGCAAACGUAGAUCAGACGAUGAAUUGGAGACAGAGAAAUUACAGAGAAGAAUGCACACCUGGCGAAAACAAACACGAUCAUAUUGCAUAGAAAAGAUUACUUUACGCGAUAAUAUUUUUAAUAACAAAAAAAUAUAUUACUUGACCUUUAAGGGGCCGAGAGGUCCAAGAGGUCAACUUGGAAAUACUGGCCGGGAAGGUAGAAGAGGUCGACCAGGCCGAGAUGGCGAACGUGGCGCUACAGGUCCUCCAGGAGUAAAAGGAGAACAAGGACCUAUUGGAAUACCGGGACUGCCUGGUGAUAAGGGCGAAAGAGGAGCACAGGGUGCGCCCGGUGAGCAAGGACUUCCUGGACAUGAAGGAAUGCAGGGCGAAGAAGGUCCUAUUGGUAUGCCAGGUCUACCAGGAGAACUGGGUCCUCGAGGUUUUGUUGGCCCAAGAGGUUUUCCAGGCUUGCCAGGUAAUCCAGGUGUUCCAGGAAGCGAAGGACCUGUAGGAGCCAAAGGUAACGCCGGACCUCCAGGACAAGUUGGUGCUCCAGGUCAAACUGGACCCCCGGGAGCCGUAGGACCACCAGGCCCGCAAGGCCUACUAGGACCAACAGGAAUUCCAGGUCCACCGGGAAAGCCGGGUAUGCCAGGUCUUCCUGGAGCGGACGGGUCACCUGGACAUCCAGGUAAUGCCGGUGUACCAGGCAGCAAAGGUGAAAUCGGUCCACAAGGACAUCAGGGCGCACCUGGAUUCCCUGGAGCUCGUGGGCCCAAGGGUGAUGAUGGAUUUAGAGGCGCCCCUGGGGAAAAGGGAGAUAAAGGAGAUAGAGGUGCUGAUGGGGAGAAGGGUGAUGUCGGAUUACAAGGUGAAAGAGGUGUGGCUGGUCCACCCGGUAUGGCUGGAAUUGAGGGUCCUGAAGGUCCUAAGGGAUUCGAUGGCCCUCGAGGGGAAGCUGGUGCAAUCGGACCGGUUGGUGAAAAGGGUAAGAUUGGAAUUCAAGGUUUUGCAGGUUAUCCUGGAGCUCCUGGAGACAAAGGUGACAAAGGAUCAACUGGAAAGAGUGGAAAUCCUGGUGAUAAAGGAGAUAGGGGUAAUCCAGGCGUAGCAGGUGAAAGAGGUGAAAUUGGGCCAAGGGGUUUCCGAGGAUCGCGCGGUAGACGUGGUCAAGAAGGCACUCCAGGUCCGAAAGGAGACACUGGUCAACCAGGACCCCCUGGUCCUCAAGGAGAUGUUGGGCCACAAGGCGCUGAAGGAUCUCGUGGGUUUUCUGGCCCAGUUGGUUCUCCAGGCAGUAAUGGAAAAGAUGGCUUACCGGGCGCCUCUGGUGAAAGAGGGCCACCGGGUGACACAGGAGCGGCAGGGCCACCAGGAGCUCCUGGUGUGGUUGGACCACCUGGUCCCAUUGGUGAACCUGGACCUGUCGGUGAACCGGGAGCUCCAGGCCAUCCUGGUUUGCCUGGAGAAGCAGGUACACCGGGAGAUGCCGGUAAAGAAGGACCGCCUGGUGCCGCAGGACCGCCAGGAAAAGAGGGACCACCUGGUGGACCUGGUUUACCAGGAUUUCCAGGAGAACGAGGGCUCAUUGGGUUAACAGGAAUGCCAGGUUUGAAAGGUGAAACUGGUCCUCCAGGCCCCGCCGGACCUACUGGUGAUAAAGGACAACAAGGAGAACCUGGAAAGGAAGGUCCUAUAGGUCCGGAAGGAAGAAAGGGUCCACAAGGAUCGCCUGGUAGUCAUGGUGUUAAAGGUGAAAGAGGCGAAUCAGGACCUCCAGGCCCAAUUGGCAGAGAUGGCUUGCCUGGAUUACGUGGUUUGCCAGGUCCACCUGGUCCAGUCGGGGCACCAGGUGAAGAUGGUGAUAAAGGUGAUGUUGGACCACCCGGAGAAAAAGGUUUUAAAGGUGUGCGAGGGGAGGAGGGACCAGCCGGGUCGCCAGGCCCGCAAGGAUUACGAGGAGAACCCGGACCAAUAGGACCACAAGGAGAAAGAGGAUCACCAGGUGAAAUGGGUCGACAAGGAAAUAAAGGAGCUGAUGGACCGGCUGGAGCAACUGGACCAGCGGGACCUGCGGGACCGCAAGGUUUACCAGGACCAGCUGGUAGCAAAGGAGAAAUUGGUGACGUCGGACCAAAAGGUCCUGUGGGACCUACUGGUAGCCCGGGAGACCAUGGAAGAAGAGGUAGUAAAGGAACUGAAGGGCCGCCAGGACCAACAGGACCUGAAGGACCACAGGGUUUGCGUGGUGAACCUGGAGCACCAGGACCACCUGGCCCUAUUGGACCAGAUGGUAAAGAGGGUGAGCGCGGAGCACCAGGUCCAAAGGGAGAUGAAGGCAAACAAGGUUCUCCUGGCCCACGUGGUGGCCGAGGAUCUAUUGGUCCAGAGGGUCCAAAAGGAUCGGCAGGUCCUCCAGGUUUUCCUGGCAACACAGGUGAACCAGGAUUACAAGGCCCGAAAGGUGACGCUGGGAAGGAUGGCACUGAUGGAACACCUGGACAGCCUGGACCUCCAGGUGAUGCCGGACCAAUCGGAAAACAAGGAGAACCCGGACUUCCUGGAAAGCCAGGUCCUGAAGGACCAGCGGGCUUGCAGGGUAGUACUGGACCCACAGGAGAAAAGGGAGAUAGAGGUUUAAAUGGUCCUCCUGGUGAACCAGGUUUACCUGGACCAGAUGGUAUUCCCGGCCCACCAGGUUUACCUGGAAUGCGAGGGUCGCCAGGACCAGCGGGAGAUGUUGGACCUCCUGGUAAAUCAGGAGAAGUUGGUCAACCAGGAAAAGCUGGCGAAACAGGAGCACCGGGUCCAAAAGGUGAACGGGGUAGACGUGGACCAAAAGGUCACCGCGGAGAACUAGGUGGAUUGGGAGCCAAAGGAGAUCAAGGUGAGAAAGGUGAUCGAGGAGUAAAAGGACCACCAGGCCCAGAAGGGAAGAAAGGAGAUACGGGUCCAGUAGGGCCUAUAGGAGUAAAAGGCAGCGAUGGACUUCAAGGACCACCCGGGCCAGAAGGUCCGCCCGGCCCAAAAGGUUCUGAAGGUGUCGGUGGUACCAAAGGUGAGCCAGGGCCUGCGGGUCAACCUGGUCCACCAGGCCCUCCAGCCGAAAUGCCUUUACUACCUCCAGAACUUUUAUUCCAGAGAGAAGAAUUAAUAAAUAUGCAUAAUGCACAUAGAUUGCAGAAGAGGGAUAUGUAAUUGAAGGAAGACAUGGAAUCUGAUACUACAACCACUGAAUCAGAUUCGGAAACAAAAUCGAAGCAAAAAGCUAAAAGAAAAGAAGAUAUUGGCCCGAAAUUUUUAGACAUGUAUAGCUCUAUAUAUGCAAUGAGGCAAGAGCUGGACAGAAUAAGAAAACCAUUGGGUACCAAAGAAAAUCCAGUUAGAACAUGUAAAGAUUUAUACUAUGGGCAUCCACAAUUCAAGGACGGAUGGUAUUGGAUAGAUCCAAAUCUAGGUAUGGGAGACGAUGCAAUCCAUGUCUUUUGCAAUAUGACUGGUGAAGGAGAAACUUGUGUGUAUCCAGAUGUUCACAGCUCCCAUAUGCCAAAUAUUCCAUGGCGAAAGGAAAAUGAAAAGGACGAUUGGUAUUCAAAUCUACGCGGUGGAUUUAGAAUAACAUAUGAAACAAUCGGCGUAGUCCAGAUGACAUUCCUAAGAUUGCUUUCCCAAGAUGUUUAUCAGAAUUUUACAUACACAUGUAUCAAUAGUGCUGCAUGGUAUAACACCAAAACUUAUAGCUAUGACAGUGCUCUAAAACUACUAGGAGAAAAUGAAGUUGAAAUAAGCUAUGAAAGCAAUGUUUUGAGACCUAAUGUCCUAAUUGAUGGAUGCAAGACUGGCAAAAGCAAAAGUGAAACGGUGUUCGAAGUGAGAACAAAAAAACUGAACUUUUUGCCAAUAAUAGAUUUCUACCCAACUGAUUAUGGUUUGCCUCAACAAGCUUUUGGUUUUCAAGUGGGACCAAAUCAUCAUCCUCCAUAUACUUAUCGCAUAGGAGCAACCUAUGCUUCACAAACAAAAAAAGCACUUGUAGAACCAGCAACUACCCUAAGAGAGGAUUUAAUUUUGCCGGAUAGAUUAACUGAUGAUUUUACUGUGUACAGAAAAUGUCUACGCGAAAUCGAUGUGGUACGAUCGAGAUAUAUGUACCAAAAUCCGCCAUAUAAGCAUGCAGCUCCCGGAUUCGAAGGGCUCCUUCCCAAACAACAUGGGAGGUAUGGCCAAAGAGCUCGUGUUGAAGCUAUGGAAGGAUUAACACCAUUACAAAAACUGCAAUCCCAAAAUAUACAAGCAACCCAAGCCGUGAAAAAUCGUAUGCCCAAGGCUCUCGAAUUUAAUCAAUCUAAAUGGAUAUCUGAUAUAGAACAAAGAAGCGAUUUUUCAAUGCCUUUGCAAGUCGUGAGACCAGAAAUGAUGGGUGUGGUUACAACGGUACCAGUUUGCGAACCAUGUUUACCGCCUCCAACUUAUGAUGUGCACCCAUUUUUCAUGGGCCGAGAGAGACCUGAUCUUGGUAAAGAAAAGUAUAAACCGUACGAGUUCCCCAAAUUCAGCGAAGGCCACCCAAAUAUUAUACCGAUGGCCAUGGUAGAAUUUACAAAUAAUUAUCAAUAUAGACGAGGAGAACAGUGGUGUCCAAUCGGAGAAGCAGGGGUCUCUUUCAUUGGCGGAGGUGCCGAUGGAUAUCCUAUAUACCAUAAGAGUUUAGGGUUGGAAAAACGUUUGGGAAUGCCAGGUUUAAAAGGUGAAACUGGUCCUCCAGGUCCCGCUGGGCCUACUGGUGAUAAAGGACAACAAGGAGAACCUGGUAAAGAAGGUCCUAUAGGUCCCGAAGGAAGAAAAGGUCCGCAAGGAUCGCCUGGUAGUCAUGGUGUUAAAGGAGAAAGAGGCGAAUCAGGACCUCCAGGCCCGAUUGGCAGAGAUGGCUUGCCGGGCUUACGUGGUUUACCAGGUCCACCUGGUCCAGUCGGAGCACCAGGCGAAGAUGGUGACAAAGGCGAUGUUGGACCACCCGGAGAAAAAGGUUUUAAAGGUGUGCGAGGGGAGGAGGGACCAGCCGGUUCGCCAGGACCGCAAGGAUUACGAGGAGAACCCGGACCAAUAGGACCACAAGGAGAAAGAGGAUCACCAGGUGAAAUGGGUCGACAAGGAAAUAAAGGAGCUGAUGGACCGGCUGGAGCAACUGGACCAGCAGGUCCUGCAGGACCGCAAGGUUUACCAGGACCAGCUGGUAGCAAAGGAGAGAUUGGUGACGUCGGACCAAAAGGUCCUGUGGGACCUACUGGUAGCCCGGGAGACCAUGGAAGAAGAGGUAGUAAAGGAACUGAAGGGCCGCCAGGACCAACAGGACCUGAAGGACCACAGGGUUUGCGUGGUGAACCUGGAGCACCAGGACCACCUGGCCCUAUUGGACCAGAUGGUAAAGAGGGUGAGCGCGGAGCACCAGGUCCAAAGGGAGAUGAAGGCAAACAAGGUUCUCCAGGCCCACGUGGUGGCCGAGGAUCUAUUGGUCCAGAGGGUCCAAAAGGAUCGGCAGGUCCUCCAGGUUUUCCUGGCAACACAGGUGAACCAGGAUUACAAGGCCCGAAAGGUGACGCUGGGAAGGAUGGCACUGAUGGAACACCUGGACAGCCUGGACCUCCAGGUGAUGCCGGACCAAUCGGAAAACAAGGAGAACCCGGACUUCCUGGAAAGCCAGGUCCUGAAGGACCAGCGGGUUUGCAAGGUAGUACUGGACCCACAGGAGAAAAGGGAGAUAGAGGUUUAAAUGGUCCACCAGGUGAACCAGGAUUACCUGGACCAGAUGGUAUUCCCGGCCCACCAGGAUUACCUGGAAUGCGAGGGUCGCCAGGACCAGCGGGAGAUGUUGGACCUCCUGGUAAAUCAGGAGAAGUUGGUCAACCAGGAAAAGCUGGCGAAACGGGUGCACCGGGUCCAAAAGGUGAACGGGGUAGACGUGGACCAAAAGGUCACCGCGGAGAACUAGGUGGAUUAGGAGCUAAAGGAGAUCAAGGUGAAAAAGGUGAUCGAGGAGUAAAAGGACCACCAGGCCCAGAAGGGAAGAAAGGAGAUACGGGUCCAGUAGGGCCUAUAGGAGUAAAAGGCAGCGAUGGACUUCAAGGACCACCCGGGCCAGAAGGUCCGCCCGGUCCAAAAGGUUCUGAAGGUGUCGGUGGUACAAAAGGUGAGCCAGGCCCUGCGGGUCAACCUGGCCCACCAGGCCCUCCGGCCGAAAUGCCAUUGCUACCUCCAGAACUUUUAUUCCAGAGAGAAGAAUUAAUAAAUAUGCAUAAUGCUCACAGAUUGCAAAAAAGAGAUAUUGAAAAAUUUAUGGAGGAGUUAAAGGAAGACAUGGAGUCUGAUACUACAACUACUGAAUCAGAUUCGGAAACAAAAUCGAAGCAAAAAGCUAAAAGAAAAGAAGAUAUUGGCCCGAAAUUUUUAGACAUGUAUAGUUCUAUAUAUGCAAUGAGGCAAGAGCUGGACAGAAUAAGAAAACCAUUGGGUACCAAAGAAAAUCCAGUUAGAACAUGUAAAGAUUUAUACUAUGGGCAUCCACAAUUCAAGGACGGAUGGUAUUGGAUAGAUCCAAAUCUAGGUAUGGGAGACGAUGCAAUCCACGUCUUUUGCAAUAUGACUGGUGAAGGAGAAACUUGUGUGUAUCCAGAUGUUCACAGCUCCCAUAUGCCAAAUAUUCCAUGGCGAAAGGAAAAUGAAAAGGACGAUUGGUAUUCAAAUCUGCGCGGUGGAUUCAGAAUAACAUAUGAAACAAUCGGUGUAGUCCAGAUGACAUUCUUAAGAUUGCUUUCCCAAGAUGUUUAUCAGAAUUUCACAUACACAUGUAUCAAUAGCGCUGCAUGGUAUAACACCAAAACUUAUAGUUAUGACAGUGCUCUAAAACUACUAGGAGAAAAUGAAGUUGAAAUAAGCUAUGAAAGCAAUGUUCUGAGACCUAAUGUCUUAAUUGAUGGAUGCAAGACUGGCAAGAGCAAAAGUGAAACCGUGUUCGAAGUGAGAACAAAAAAAUUGAACUUUUUGCCAAUAAUAGAUUUCUAUCCAACUGAUUAUGGUUUGCCUCAACAAGCUUUUGGUUUUCAAGUGGGACCAGUUUGCUUUAAAUAG